GGAAUAUCUCCUGUCUUCCUCUCAUACUGUACUGGAACCUAGGGCUGCACAAUUAUAACAACAAUUAUAAUUGUGAUUAUUUGGCCUAAUAAUGCGAUUGAAAUCAUUCAUUGCGAUUAACGGAUGAUGGAUAAUUUUUUUCUGGACCAUCAUAGAAACAUUCCUUUGUGGCAUGGACAGACAAGAUCCUAGCACCCUUAACCCAAUGCCUGUGAUUCAUUGGAGUGCUUUUUGAAGAGUUGUAGCGGUAUCUAAUUCGAUUUGAACGUAAUGGGUGCACAAAAUCUGAUUCGUGUCAAGCACUGAAGUUGCUAGGCACCUUUUGUUGUUGCCAGUUUCAUCAUUAUUAUUCCGCCACACAGUCCCCAACAGCCAAAUCUGAGAGAGAAACCAAUUAGCCCAAUUCUCUUGUGCCACCAAUGGGUCAAAGUUGCAACAUCUCUAUAAUUAAAAUAAUCACCUAUAAUAUGGUGUCAAAUGAUGCAUCUUCUCAAGCACACAAAGACUUAUCCAAGAACAGCUUUUCACAUCUCCUCCCAGCCAAUUGCAUAAUUAAAACCAGUACAACUCGAGUAGAUUCCCAAUCUCAUCAUGAAUAAACGGUAUCAAAACAGUUCUGAAACUCCAACUGUAUGGCCUCAAGGACGGAUUAACAUGACCACGGGCCAUGGACACAAACCAGCCAUGGACAACACGCAAAUACACACACUAGCACAUCAAAUUUGGUCGCGAGAGAGAGAGAGAGAUCCCGCAUAGUGCCAGCCGCUCGUCUUAACGACAGAACAUGGAAUCUGUCAGGUUAAUAUCAUGACUUUAAAAGCAGACUUCCUUUAACGAGUUAAAAAAUGGACAGUAUUUGAAGAGCAAAAGCCUCUAAACGCCAACUCUGUUCCUGGUCUGAAAUCUCCAUUUGUAGGCAUAACCCUCUAAACAUCAGUUCCCUUUGUCAACAAAAGCCUCUACGUUCCGAGAACCAAUCACAGCACAACAUGGAAUCAUGUGACUUCAAAAUGGCGGCGCGCUGAGGAUUUUUUGACAUCUGUCUAUAUCAACAACAAAGUACUUUUAAAUAUAUAUUCUUUAGCGAUUAGAUUUGGAUUUUGAUGGUCAUGGAUUUCGACGAAAUGGACAAACCUGUCCUUGUGACAGCUAACGGCUGAAAAAAGCGACGUCUUCCCGUUAGUUCUGCUCGUUCUAUGGCGAAGAAAAGCCGUUAUAGUGGGGAGGGCUCCGUUGCCAGCAUAGCUUGCAGCCAUAAGAAUGCGUCAUGCGCUGCUGUAACAUUGACCCCAACAGACUUGGCCCACAUCAAGGGACAGCUGUAUUCGACCGAUGACAAAGUGACACAAGACUCCAUAAUUCUUUCGCAUAUGGAUGCGACGCCGUGCAAACGGAGGAGACCUCAAGUCGAGGAUGAACAGAAGAGAAGGCAGAGGGAUGUUUCCAUCAAGUUCUCGGUUUUGAAGGAAAAUAAAACCAAAGUUCCCGUCUGCCAGGCUUCCUUCCUGAGCAUUUUCUGUGUGAAGAAGGAUAGAGUCCAGAAUGUUGCCAAGUACUGGCUUGAGCACGGCAAAGCGCGCUCAGAGAAUCGUGGUGGUUCCAGGGAAAAGAAGCAAGUGAUAGGAGACCACAUCCAAUCAUUCAGUUGCAGAGCCAGUCUCUAUGCUCGACGUGGUGCACCUGGGAGGAAGUUCUUAGAACAGAAUCACUGUGAAUAUCAAGUGUCUUAUUCUCUGUACUAUUCCAUCUUCAUGUACGAUUUCAACCUGGCUUUUGGCCAGCCUGCCAAGGAUGUCUGUUCGAUCUGUGUGAAACACAGGAUUGCCAUCAACAACCCUGACUCCAGUCCAGAAGAGAAACGAGACAAGCUGUUCAUGUACACACUCCACCAUCGCCUUGCACGUCAAGUUUAUCAUUCUUUAAAUGAUGUGGCAGACUCGUUCACCAUCUGUUUUGAUGUGAUGGAGAACCUGCUGCUUCCCAAGUCUGCCAUCGGGCAGACAUACUACUCCUGGCAUCUAUAUUUGUAUGUGUUCGGGGUAGUUUGUCACCGUGGCCGCGGAGAACCGCAGAGCCGGCAUGAUAUCAAUCUUUACACCUGGAUGGAAUCUGAGAAUUCAAAAGACAGCAACACCUUCGCUUUAGCCUUGCAGCAUUUCCUCACCAAAGUGGCCCAAGAAGAUCUGUGCCAGUUUCAGAGCCUCCGACUUUUCUCUGAAUCCUGCUAUGUUAAGAACAAAAACAUCAAUGUUCUUGCAAUAUUGUUUGCGCUGAGAUCCCAGCUUUACCCUCAGCUUGACAUUCAAUAUUUUUUUCCGAUAAGAGGGCACAGUUUUCUUCCAGCAGACCGGGUUUUUGGAAGAGUGGAGCAGGACAUCAGAAAGCAACCAACUAUUCUGUUGCCAGAGGAAUAUGUCAGCAUUCUGCGGAAGCAUGGCAAUGUCCAUCAAUAUGGAAAAGAUUGGCAGUGCUACGAUUAAAGAAAAAAAAGAAGCAGCCACAUUUACAGCAUCGCAGAGAUCUUUCAAGAUUAAGUGCUGAAAAUCUGUGGUGACAAACUUGGAUUCAAGCCUUUGUUUGCUGGAGAAUUUUUUUCAGCACUCUGUCCUGAAGCGAGGUAAGAAGUGGUCUCAGUUCAAGCCGGCUCCUCUUCCUGAUUUGAACUGCGUCAAGGAAGCCAAAAAGACUGAUGUUUUGAAGCUGCUGCGUGAGUUGGGAGUGCCAAGAGCCGUUCAGGACUUCUAUGACAAUGUCCUGUCAAGUGCUGGUGAGAAGGACAUAGAACAAGACCUUGAGGAUGAAUGAAUGCCUUCUUAAAGGUCCCAUGACAUGCCACCAGGUGUGGUGUGAUUAGCUGUUACAAGCUGUUUGGGAAAUCUGACCCUUAUGACAUCAGAGGUGGGCAUGUCCACCUAGAUGUGUGCUGGAUAGAUCAGUUUACCAGCCUACACAGUGGACUGUAGCAAACAUUGCUCAUCUAUCCGUCAUACAUCUAGGUGGACACGCCAGCUGUGAUGUCAUAUGGGGCAGAUUUCCAAAACGACUUUUAACGGCUUAUAACACCACACCUAGUGCAUGGCAUGCAACCUUUUUAUUGUAUUUAUCAGAAAAUAAGUUUUCAUCUGUUUUUAUCAGAACAUUUUGCACUGUUCUUACAUACUUGAUUUGUCACUAUACUAUUUUAAUCUUGUAUUGUUUUUGUACAAGAGUUUAUAAUAUCAGAACAAUUUGCACGUUCUCGCAUACUUGAUUUUACUACUAUAUUAAUCUGAUAUUGUGUUUGCACAAGAGUUUAUAUCAGAACAUUUUGCACUGUUCUUUCAAUCUUUAUUCUAUAAUAUUUGAAUCUAAUGUGUGUUUUAUACUUGAGUUUUUAUCAGAAAAUGUUGCACUGUUCACACACUACACUGAAUCUAAUGGUCAUUUUAUGACAGAUGAGUUCCACGUUACAUUACCUCUUGUCAGCCUCUUGUAACGUAAUUAGCUUUUUUACAGUUUAAUCUAAUGCCCAAACAUCAGAAAUUAAUCUAUUUGACCACUUUUCACUUUUUUCCAUUAUUUUUUUUAUAUUGUUCGAAUUUUUAUUUUUUAAAUUUAGCAUUUAUAUUCAUUUCUACCUCAUAUCAUAAUUUAGUAUAUUUUUGUGUACUGCAGAUAUUUUGAAUGUAUUUGACUUCUCUUAUGUUAAAAUAAAUGUGUUGGCAUUUUGUGCCAUUGAAGUUAUGCUUUGUGACUUUCGUUAUUAUUAUUAGAAGAGGUAGUGGUAGUAUUAUAUAUUUGGGCCUUUUGCCUUUUUUAGUGUCUGCAGAGGAAUGGGACUAGUACAUGACUGCAGGUUUCAUUCGAAAAUUAGUCUGGAACAUGGAUAUUUACCCCCCCCUCCCCAUCUACACAUCCCAAACCCCCUUAAGGCCUGAUUCCACCGGCAGCGUUACGGCUGUGGCACGUCUUGGCCGCGGUCACCGCAGUAGAUGGGUUCCACUCUAAUCAAUGAGACCAUUUCCACCGGGCGCGGCUGCGGAACGUCUCAGCAGCGUCCCAGGAGCGGCUCGCGGUGACGCAGCGCUAUCAUUCCGUAGCAUUUCUAUUUUUGCCGCAAGCUGUUGCUGAACCGCGUCAAUUUCAACAGAGCAGAUCGAGCAGGGCAGGAAGUGAAAAAGUAAAAGCCAUAGAGCAUCCGGUCAAUUUUCUAAAUAAAACACAAUACUCAUGCUCAUGUAGCCUAUCACAACUUCACAUCAACAUUAUUACGUCAUGACCGGUGGCACCAGGUCAGCAGUCAAUCAAUCAAAGGGUCACAGAGGGUCGGCAACAUGGACGAUGAGAGACUCAUUGUCGAAGUUCAGCAACAUGAAGUCAUUUAUGUACCAAAUCAUCCUUUUUUUAAGGGCAAUGGCCGGAAGGACAAAGCGUGGCAUUUAAUUGCAGUUGUUUUGGGAGUGGAAGUUCAGUACAUUAGGUUUAGGAUUAUCGCGUGAUCUCGUGAUCUUGCGUGAACACGGCUGGCUCGCAAGGCAGCGUUGCGCUGCCGUAACGCACCUGGUGGAAAUGCAAGCAGGGCAGAGUCAAAGCUGUAACGCGGUGGAAUCCGGGCGUUAGAAAUGUAUAAUUUAUUAUUGAUUGUGUUAGCUUUCCCCUUUUUAAAAAAAGUGUCAUUUCUGAAAUUAUUUUAAUUUUAUUCAUUAAAUAAUAACCUUAUGAUUGCCUUUAAAAUUAAAUGACAGAACUUGAGCAUAAAAGCCUGAUAAAAAAGGUGGUUUAGAAAAAAAGUAGUCGGACAGACUUGGAGGCUUUUGCAUCUAAACUCUUCAUUUGUUGUACCAGGGCAGUACUUCAGUGUAGGGCUGGGCGAUAUAUCGAAUACAUGUGAUAUAUCGCGAGAUGUUCUCCAGAUGUUCUCUGUAUAAAAUGCCCCUGUCACGAACAAGAUCUCAUACAAAGUGAAUGUAGGGACGCGUAUCGGGCGAAAUAAAUGUAUUCGCGCCACACUUUCGCCGUGCACAGGCGAGCGCGUUCACGAGGAUUUGUGGCGCGACAAAUUCGCUCAAGUUAAAAUAUUUCAACUUUGAUGCGAAUUUCGCGUGAUGACAGGCAAUCAGCGUUCAACAGCGUGGUCACUGAGUGACAUGUGUAACGUUACAGCCAACCAGCGUUCAACCGUCAAACUCGGUGCAGUCCGGGGUGAACUGCAGCAUGGAGGAGCGGCUUCAAUGAACGACAGAAAUAAACAAAUGCUGAGUGUUGAUCAAGAGUUUUGCGAGAGCAAAACGAACAGUCGAACAGGGUUCCCUGUUACCAGGGAACCCGUAGCAGGGAACUAAAUGGCAGCUGCACGGCCGAAUUAGCCCAAUAAAAGUGUAGUAACCGAGAACCAGCUACAACAUAGUUUUCAUCCAAACGAGCCGUCUUUAGCGAACGGUGAAUUGCAUUGGCUUCUACGAGCAGUCGGCUUUCAGCCGCGAGCUUAGGGACCGUCUGCAAAGUGCAAAACUGAAUUGCAUUGGCUUCUACGAGCAGUCGGCUUUCAGCCGCGAGCUUAGGGACCGUCUGCAAAGUGCAAAACUGAAAACGUCAACAAUAGUAACAUUUCUAUAGCGUCGCCAUUAUUGACUCUAGAGCCCCAAAACUUGUUCCAUAGAGGCAUGGCACAGGAGGUCUACCAUGACUAACGCUACCCUGAACCACCUCCUCAGGAUCAGUAUUGAGGGGCCUGCAAUUGAUCAAUUUGAUUUUGACAAGGCAGUGAGCCGUUGGGGCAGUCUCAGGAACAGACGGCUGCUGUUGUGAUUUGUCCUACUUAAUAAAAGUUUAGCCAAUAUUUUUGAAAUUUGUCGUGUUUAUUUACAGGGUAAAGUUGUACAAGUCUACCAAAAGUUGAUAGUAUUUUAGUUUUUCAGGAUGACCACAAGAGCUAGAAUUUCUCUCUAAGAUAGCCUCAGAAUGUACCAUUUAAUCAUUAUUUUUUCAAAGGCUUCGCGCCGUGGAAGGGGGAUACCCCCCUUCCAUACCAUCCCCCGCCUCGGUCGCGUUGCUCCCUCGGCUUUGCGCAGGGGUCUACUCCCUGCUACUUUUUUUUUCUAGAAAAAACCCUGUAUAUAAUAUAAUAUAAUUGUUUACAUAAUAUCACGGCCAAAAGCUUCCGGAUGGCCGUAGCGUGGGGAGCUCAUAGGGAUUGGGCUUCUCGGGGUUUGUUUAACUUCUCUCGCUCUUACCUGUGGCUCUCUAAACACACUCACUCCCCCCGCCCAUUGCGAGUCCACGAGAUGGACUCAUGGACGCGCAUGUGUGACGUAGUCUGGAAGGCGCGCUGCUAUAGGUGUGUGUACCUCCGACCGGUGAGUGAGAACAGCCAGAGAGAGAAAAAAGGAUGGAAACGGAGGAUUUGGUUUGGAAAAAGAAUAGCACUGGAUCCUUCGUCUGGCAGUGUAUAUAUAAUAAUUAUUAUUCAAACUGUUAAUAAAUAAUUAACGGUUUGAAUAAAUGCUGUGUUGGUAAAUCUAACUUGCUGUGAUUUUCCUUUUCUUAUGUGCAAGUUCUAAAUUGUUCCAAUAGAAAGCACUAAUGAGUUUAAACAAUAUGUUGUUUCAUGUAAUCUACAUGCAGACUUAUGUUUCAGUAAUACUAGAAUUAUUACUGACGUAACAUUAUGCCAGACAUGGUUGACUCGAGCAUUUAUGAUGUGCUCUAGAGGAGAUUCAAAAUAUAUCGAGAUAUAUAUCGUGCAUCGAGAUAUAGUAAAAAAAAUAUCGAGAUAUUCAUUUUGGCCCAUAUCGCCCAGCCCUACUUCAGUGUAUUUUUCUUUCUUUCGUUUACGCUAUGCAGACCCGCUUAGCACACGUUUUUCCAUUGUGACUGGGAAAUUGAACGUUGACCAAGCACUACGACAUUGACGUCACGUCCCGUUAUUCAUCUUUUUUAAUGAUGUAUUUAUUUUGCAAAUCAAAGACAUUCCAAUCUUUUUAUGACGAAAGUCUUGGCCAUUGGAUUUUUUUUUUUAUAAAAAAAAUAAAUUAGAAAAUAAUUAAAUAUAUAUAUCAAGGGCCCCCCACUUGGCCAGGGCCCUGAACAUGUGCCCACUUUGCCCAUGCGGUAAUCCGUCAUUGUAGAGCCUCCAGGGACGCAAACGCCACUUGGAAAGGAAAAUAGGCAUGUUAGCUUGAAUAGGAAAAAUGUAUCAAGAGUUUCUAAACGGUCUGGCGGCUACAAAGAUAUUAUGCCGCCGUGUUGGAUGAAGAAGCCAUAUCUCCCAAACGCUCCUCCUAAUUUGAACCCUUCUUUAGUCAUGUUCUCCUGGCUCACUUCUUGCCAAAAUGUCCAGCUUGAUUGAGAUCAGCCCAAAAUGUAAAAAUCUGAAAAUGGGGACCAAUCAAGCCGUCUCUAGUGCAACCAACGGGUCCAGGUUUUUAGUUUAAAAGGCUAAUUCCCAGGUCCCGUUUAACGCAUCCUCACACAACCUUAGUUUCAAAUGAUGCAGCUUCUCAUGGCCUACCACCUCUCCAUGGGGACCAUUGUCCUCUUCCUCACUACAUAUUCCGCAGUUUUUAUAUAACUGAAGACAUUUAAAUGUUCAUCUCCUCCCAGGCCAAUAAACCAGUUCUAACCAAACUAAGUCUAAUUGAACUAGUCCCUCUAUUUUCCACACAAUUCCAUGAACCCUGUUUUCUACUUGGAUUAUGUGGCCCAUUGGUCAGCAUAAUGUGUAAGUGCCAGGGACAACCUGAAACAUGUCAUAUCCUACCAUGCAGGUCUCAACUUUCUUUUGUGAUUCUUUAUUACAUUGUUGCUUCAAACAUUUAUAUUAGUUAGUGAUGGUGAAUGUUUUGGGAUAUUCUUCUAAAAUAUGUUUUCAUCUCCCCUAUUGAAAAAAGUCUCUCUGUACUCAAAUGGUAGAGCGUUGCCUGAGGUUAUGGAGGCAAAUGGUUCAAAUCCCCAAUUAAUAAUAGAUUUUUUUCCCAAUGGUAUUCCAUGAAAGAUUGUUUGAUGCAUUCUAGGAUAUAUAGUGGAUAUUAAAUUCUAUGAAGAUGUAGAACACACAUGAUGAUGUAUAUGAGUUAUUUUACUCAAAGGUUACAAGUGGACUAAUGAGAUAAGUUAACUCAACAGGGACGUUUAACUUGACCUUUUUUAGUUGGAGCCCUGAAUACUGUUGGGGAAUUUGAAUUAACGUACUUGUGACAAAUGUUAAGUAUUGUAAUGA